UUUACACUUUUGUAAUGCAAAAAACAAUAUGUUAUUUUUUUUGGCGUUAUUAUUUAUUAUUGUUGUGUAUACUUUUAUGUACGUUAAUAUGCUUACAUUUUUUGUAAUAUUAAAAAACAAUAUUGCUAUAAGACAUACCUAUAGAAAAACACUUAUAUGUUUAACGCGUAUAUUUUAGUCUUGUAGUCUUAUUAUAGGUACUUGAUUAAAUUGUUAUUGUACAGUUUUUGUUGAGGAAAAUCAAUUCAAUUCACAUAUGCUUAUGUAUGUACAUAUAAACGGUAAUCAAAACAAUAAACAACUUGAAGUUUUAUUAAUUAUAUUCCUAAUGCAGUAUCCAGUAUUAAAAAAAUGUGGGUUAUAAAUAUCAGAAACGUGACCGAUAAAUUGACAUGUGAUAUAUUAAUAACGCAAUUACGCAAAUACCAAAUUCUAAAUUUACUUGUUUGAUUUAACAACAACCUGUGUAUGUUAAUUAAUUCAUUUAUUUUUGUUAACAGUUCAAUUACAUGAUGCUUGAAAAAUGAUAAUAUUUAUGGAUUUUAUUAAAACAAUUACAAAAAAAUGGCCUCACAAAUUGAAGAAUUUCUCGCUAAAAAGAAAGAACAAACUACACUAUUGGAUUUACAUAACUGUAUUGCAAAUUCAAAGGAAGAAUUAAGAAAACUCGUCGAAAAAGUUCCAGAAUUCAAGAUAAAACCAGAAAAAAAACUAGGUGAUAUUAAGAUAAGAGAAAAAAAAUUCAAGUUUAAGCUACCCAAGAAAGAAAGUAAAAAACCGUUCCCGUUUGCCGAGCCAACGCCUUCAGAAAUGAAAGGAGUUUCAUUAGAUGAGUUGUACUCGGUUAAUAUUCCAUGGAAAAUGCUUACUUCUCUUCGCCCAAAAUCAAAAAUCGACGAAGAAUAUUUUUCGAGACAAGUCGAACUAGGUACGGCUACGCUCAAGACUAGAAAUGCGGAGAAAAAGACGCCACGUGAUAGUUUUCUGCGAAAAAAGAAAAAUGCGUCUGGAGGAGUGGAGUCUAAGUUUUUAUCCUGUAAAGAGUGCGGGAUCGAAUUUUGUACGGGUGAAAGCUGCAAAAUAUUCGACUACGAUUCAUUCAAAAGGAUCGCAGUGUCUACUGUACAGACAACCACUGAACAAACUCAAGAAUCGGUUUCCCAGGAAAAAAAGUUGUCAAAAAAGAAAAAUGCUAGUAAAGGAUCAAAAUUAAAAUCGCGUGGACCAGCGGCCAACGUUAAAAAUACCCUGGCAAAGAAAAACGGUGAAAGAAUUAUAAUUGGUGUGAACACCAAAAAAAAAAAUUCUAUCAGUGUUCCGGAAAAAACAAUCAUAGAUAAGUCUAACAAAAACGUCAAAACAACUACUAAGGAAAAUACGAUAAAAAAAAAACAAGAGUUGUUAAAGACAAAGUCUUAAAAUAAUAUUAUAUUAUAAUAUAGGUAAAAACAAUGAGUACUUUUUAUAUAUUUCUCUACAAUAAUUAUUAUUACUAAAUACUAUUGUCAUUUGUAUUUUUACCAAUUCCUAUUUUUUUUAAUUUUUUAAACUAACAUUAUAAUAACAAUGAGUACUUUUUAUAUAUUUCUCUACAAUAAUUAUUAUUAGGUACUAAAUACUAUUGUCAUUUGUACUUUUACCAAUACCUACCUAAUUUUUUAAUUUUUGUUCUAUUUUGUAAUCUAACAUUAUAAUAACUCACAUUAUUUGAAUCU